UCUUCAGAGCUUCUCUUUAAACAAACCAGAUCAUUCUCCUCCCCCAUUCCUUUUUCCAAAGUUUCAUCAUAACCUAAUUUACAGAUUGUUGUGUCCAAGUGAAAUUGAGGUGCUUCAGAUUAGUUUUGUGGAAGAAAGACGAAAAAUAACCCCUUUUUUGUGGGUGAAAUUGCAACUUUGGAGCAUCGACUGUGUUUAAAUAUGGUUCUUCUUCUGUUGGGCAUCUCUAAAGAGAGAACCUUUGGAUUAUUAAAGUAGAUAAGUUUGGGUUUCUGAGUUUCUGGCUUGCUGAAGUGUAAAGCAGAGAAGGAAGUAAUUCAGGAAAGAUGCAGAAGCUAGGCGAAUUCAAGCUGCCUAACUUCUUUAAUUAUCCACCCUACUUCACUUUGCAGCCUGUGAGGGAAACUAGAGAGAAGCAGAUACAACUAUGGAAAGAGCUCAUAAUUGAUUUCUGUCGAACCCAAAAGAUCUUUGUGAUUGCGCUGGAGGUAGACUUUCCAUUGUUCAGUAAUGCUGCUAUUGAAAGAUCUCUGAGUCAUGAAGCUAGGGAGGCAUUUCUCUCGGCUUUGGUUUCUGAUGGUCGUGCAGAAUGGAUGGAUAAAGGUCAUAGAAAAUGCCUAGUCCUAUGGCAUCGUAUUCAAGACUGGGCAGACUUGAUUGUAAACUUUGUGAAGGAGAAUGGGCUGGAAGACAGUGUUAUGACAGUUGAAGAAAUACGUUCUGGGGUGGAGUCCCGUGGAACAGAGCUUCAUGGAAUAGACCGUACAGUUCUUAUGCGAGCUUUGAAGCUGCUUGAACAUAAAGGGAAGCUUGCAAUAUUUAAGGGAACUUCAGCUGAUGAUGAAGGUGUCAAAUUUUCUCUGUAAACCACCUUGGUAGACUAUAUUUAUGUGUACAAUGAUGGAGAAAGUUCGUAUCUACAAGCACGCGUAUGAAUUACUUUAUGGAGUGAAACUGGAGAUAAAAUGGUUUCAUGUUAUGGUACAGAUACCUUACUGGACUAUUUUAAGUCCAGGUAGAAUGAACAUUGAAUUCUUACUUGA